AUGGCCACGCGCCGCCUAUCGUCCAUCGUCCACGGUGGAAAGCCCAGUGAAGUUUUUGACCCGAACCUUGGAAAUGAAGCUCAACUCGCCAAACUUGGUUAUGAACAAGAACUCAAACGAUCCUUCUCCCUCCUUGGGAUGGUCGGCUUCAGCUUCUCCAUCGUCACAUGUUGGACCGCCCUGGGAGGCACGUUGAUUCUGGGUAUCGAGUCUGGUGGCCCCCCGGUCAUGGUGUGGUCAUGGCUGGGUAUCUGCGUUCUGUCUUUGACGGUAGCAUACUCUUUUGCAGAGAUGUGUUCGGCAUACCCCACGGCAGGUGGACAAUACAGCUGGGUCGCCAUUCUGGCACCGCCUAAAUACGCCCGUGGCGCGGCAUGGGUAACGGGAUGGUUCAUGUGUACCGGUAUCGUUGCAAUGGGAGCGGUCAACAACUUUAUCGGAUCCAACUUCCUCCUCGGCAUGGCCAAUCUGAACUACCCAGACUACGAGAUCCAACGAUGGCACUGCGUCCUCGUGACGUACCUCAUGGCCAUCGCGGCCACGGGCGUCAACGUCUUCCUGUCGCGAUACUUGAACCAAAUCUCGACGUUCGCCGUGAUCUGGAACGUCAUGUCCUUUUUCGUCGUCGUCAUCACCAUUCUCGCGUGCAACGACCACAAGCAACCCGCCAGUUUCGUCUUCAAGGACUUUCAGAACGACACCGGGUUCUCUUCGUCAGGGAUGGCGGUCAUGAUAGGUCUUUUGCAGACUCUUUUCGGGAUGUGUUGUUACGACGCACCUGCGCACAUGACCGAAGAAAUGCUCAACCCGGCCAAAGAGGCGCCCCAGGCCAUCAUCCUCUCGGUGUUCCUCGGGGCCUUCACGGGCUUCGUGUUUCUGAUCUCGGCGUUCUUCUGCAUCGGCGACCUCGACGCCACCGCGACCACGUCGACCGGCGUGCCGCUGAUCCAGAUCUUCUACGACUCGACGGGCAGCGUCAAGGGCGCCACGACGCUGGCCAGCCUCAUCACCGUCAUCGUGCUCAUCUGCGCCAACAGCCUGAUGGCCGAGGGGUCGCGGGCGCUGUGGGCGUUCGCGCGCGACCACGGCCUGCCGUUCUCGGGCGUCUUCGCCGCCGUCGACAAAAGGUCCCAGGUGCCCGUGCACAGCGUGCUGCUGUGCUGCGCCGUCCAGAUGGCCCUGAACAGCAUCUACUUCGCCAGCUACGAGGGCUUCAGCACCGUCAUCUCCAUCGCCACCUUCGGCUUCUACGUCAGCUACGCCAUGCCGCUGUUCGUCCGGCUGUGGAGCUACCUCGCCGGCCACGAGGGGGGCGGGCCCAUCCCCGGCGCCGCCUACAACCUGGGCCGGUGGAGCCCGCUGGUCAACGCCGCCGGCCUGCUGUUCCUGGUCUUCGCCGGCGUCGACUUCAACUUCCCCCAGGUCGGCCCCGUGACCGGCGACAACAUGAACUACUGCAGCGCCGCCUUCGGCAUCAUCGGCCUCGUCAGCCUGGUCACCUGGGUCUUCGACGGGAGGAAGAACUUCACCGGGCCCCAAACGGGCGUCGUCGUCGUGAAUGCCGUCGAACAACAACAACAACGACAACCGGACGACGACAACAAAUUGCCCUUGGGAGGAGGCGCCGCCGGCGUGUUGGACAACGAAAAGGAAAAGGACAAGGCCAGCCUGGAAGGCAGCGAUGGAUCCGGCGUCAAGGAGUCUCCCACCCAAGACCCUGAAAAAUUGGCUUGA